AUGAAGGGAUACGUCAAAGCGUGCUCCCUCGAGGACACGUACUCACACACCCGCUUCCACCUCUCCCUCCGCACCAUCUCGUCCCCCGCAGUCUAUCAUCGCCUCUUGCUCUUCCGCAUCAACAAACCCGAUGUCGACAAGGACGAAGCUCAGGACGGCGACAACGCUGAGACCAGCGAUGAUGCUGAUGGUCUGCCGCCUGCCAGCUCGUCAAACCGCAGCGCUCCCGAGCUCUACUGUAUGGAGGAGAAGUGCCCCCACCUGGGCGCGCCGCUGAGCCAUGCCGUUCUCGAGGUGGACGAUAUCGAGGACACGCGGGCUGUUGUGUGUCCCUGGCACCAGUAUGACUUUGACCUUCGCGACGGCUCCAGUUCUACUGGAGCACAAACGUGCACGUACAAAGUGCGGAUAGAGGGGUCUGGCAAGGACGCAGAAGUCUGGGUGGAGGCACCGCACGUCGAAGGCGGACACGACUGGGAGGCGCUCGAGUUCCGCGCCGUCAGCGAAGACUUUGCGGACCCUCCAUCGCUCUCGCUUGCUGGAUUGUCGGUCGGGGACGACGUGGCGGAUGAGACUGCACACACUCAACACGCCAGUGCAACUCCGGCCGAUGCCGCGCUCCCCAACGAUCUCCCAGACUCGCUUCUCGGCUUUGCGCAUCUCGUUCUCGCCACUGCUGAGCCUAUGGCCAAGUGUGCGCUCACACGCGAGGCCGUUUCGCGCAUGCGUGCCGGAAAGCUCCGCUCCAUCCGUCCUAACAAGUCGGAAAUCCGCAAGGCGAGGGAGAACGGCGGCCUGCUCGAUGAACCACCACGGCUUCAGAGCUCUGUCCCUGCUGGGCAAACUGCCAAACGCGGAAAGGGAGGAUCCGAAAAGUCGCGUAUUAUGAUGCUUCACGCACUGGCCAACAUCGAGCAAUACGCGAUAGACCUCGCGUGGGACAUUAUCGCGCGUUUCGCCGAUGCUGAAGUCGAGGGCGAGCGCCUUCCUGUCGACUUCUUCCUCGACUGGGCCAAGGUCGCUGAAGACGAGGCCAAGCACUUCUCCCUGCUCAACAAGAGGCUAAUUGAGAUGGGGUCAUACUUUGGAGCCCAGUCCGUCCACGCUGGACUGUGGGAGUCUGCCAUGGACACUGCCGAUUCGCUGCUGUCUCGCAUCGCGAUCAUUCAUCUGGUCGCCGAGGCGCGCGGUGUCGACAUGAACCCGCUCACGCUGGCCAAACUGCAGGCUGCUGGAGACGCCGAGUCGUCACGCGUGCUGGAAAUUAUUCACGCCGAUGAGAUUACUCAUGUCACGACUGGUCACCGCUGGUUUUCAUACAUCUGUGCGCGCCAAGGAUUGGAGCCUGUGCAGCAAUUUCGCCUCGAGGUCUCGAACAAUUUCCAUGGCGAUCUCAAGGGGCCGUUCAACAUUACCGACCGGGCGAGAGCAGGCCUCACACAAGAAUUCUACACCGACCUGCGUGGACACCAUCGUCGCAGACAAGAGGUGUACGGCAACGGUACUGGCAGUGGUGGCGAUGCCAAUAUGCACCCGCGCCUCACUUGA